CAGUAUUAGCAUAAGAACUGGGUUUUCCUGUCGAACAUUUCGCAAAUAUCGAGGAAGUGCGUAGAAAAUGAGAUGCGAAUACAUUACGAAAUCCCACCAAAGGCUUGGUAAAUCCGCCACCGCGCCCGACGCAAUUUCGGGUCAGUAACUCGCAAAUAACCGAAAAUGGCAAGCGGAGCAUUUCAACCUGGGACGGGUGUGGCCCCUGCCACCCUAGUAGAACUCUCUGUGUCAUGCAGAAAAUUGAUUGACGCAGAUGUCUUUUCCAAGUCAGAUCCCAUGUGUGUUCUUUUCACCCAGGAUCAAAGCAAGAAUUGGAAAGAGUUUGGGCGAACUGAAAUCAUAUGGAACAACCUUAAUCCAGAUUUUGUCAAGAAAUUUGUGAUGCAUUACUAUUUUGAACAAAGCCAGAAAUUGAAGUUUGAAGUCUAUGAUGUGGAUUCAAAGAGUGCAGAUUUAUCUAAGCAUGACUUCCUGGGGAGAAUGGAGUGUACCCUGGGAGAGAUUGUGUCAGCAGGAAGUAAAUUCAUGAGAAGACUUGUGUGAGUGUAAAAUGA